CAUCAACUUCUCCAAUGUGUGUAUAUUUAGUUAAAAGCUACAAUGGCUGCUGACGAUGACGGGAAACAAUCUCUGAAUAUCCGAAACUUACCUAAAGAAGUUUUCAACAAAAUCCUGACUUAUUUACAGUUUCAGGAAGUCAGCGAAAUACGUCUGGUAUGCCACUCAUUUAACGUUGAAGCUCAGGCCAUCCUGAACCAAGGCUUCACUCGUGUCCAUAAAUAUCAUGCAUUUGUACAACGUCAGAUCAAGGGCCAGCUACCAAGAAGGGAGUCAGAACGGCGCAACCACCAAUUAGCUCGUCAUGUUGAUAUUCUCUCUGCUAUCGAAACACGGUUAUCUUUGCUUGGAAUGACAUACCUGAGAUACAUCGACAUGGGCCUUUGUUGCUUUAUACCAGGAAAGGUGUUGGACGAGCUUUACCACAUACUUCAAACACUUCAGUGUACAUGCCAGCCUCCUCGCGCACAUGAGUUCCUCCAGGAGCUGCGAGAUAUAUCUUCCAUGGCCAUGGAGCAUUUUGAAGAGAAAAUUGUGCCUUCAUUGAAACAGAAGAUGCCAAGUGUUCGCCUCACUCUUGGCAACUUUAAUGUCAACUCAGAAUCAGAAGCUGGAACUUCCAGUGCUAUAGUACCACUGAAUAACACCCAGCCUAGUAUUCGAGCCAUUUCCCUAAGGGAAGAGAUCACUAACAUGCAUACACUGAUUCGUUCACACAGCAAUUCCAUGAAGGUUUUCAAACGAGAACUUAAUGAAAUGCAGAGUAAGUACAGCAUGCAGCGCAAAAACUCCAGAGAGCUUGCAAAGAAAGUGCUCGUUCAGAAGAAGCGCUGCAAAAUCCAGAACAAAUGUUUGUCCGACUUGAACACACGACUUCUUGAAGAAGAGCGCAAGGUUGAUGAGCUGAGCAGCAAACUUUUAAGCCAGGGCAAAACAAUGGCGGAACUUAAUGAUAGGGUGAAUGACCAGGGGAGGAAAAUUGCUGAACUAAACCAGAAGCUUGUUUUGUAUGAGGACAAGUUUACUAGUAAAUUACCUUCUUAUGCUGACCUUGAUACCAAAAUCUGUGAAGGGCAUGAGGAGGCAGACUUUGACUCCCCUGGUUGCAAUAGUGUCAGCUCUGUGUCAGAGCACAUAGUGGAUCCAUCUUUAGACCACUUAAGUGAUAUAGCGAACCAGAAAGCCAGAAAGACUAUAAAACGAAGGCUUUCCGUGUCUGAAAAUCAAAGUGACCUACCAAUUACAAAACAUUACAAACAGUAGAACUAACUACUUGCCUGUCUGUCUCUCGCAGACUUGGAAUGUUACCGAAGGAGAAAAAGCAAGAAGAGGGAAAAAAAAAACUGAUAAAAAUUAAAUAUAUAUAUAUAUUA